GGCAGAGAGCCGCGGGGCGGGGCGGGCUGGCGGGCAGGCGAAGGGAUUGGCUGGAGCCCAGAGGGCCGGAUCGAACCUUUAAGAGGCGCGAGGGGGCGUGCAGGGGAGUGUGCGCCCAGUCCGCCCGCCUGCGGGUACUGCUGGUACGCUGGGACCGUGGCGGCGGCGGAGGCUACGGCGAGAACCCGGACCGAGCGGAGGCCCACGGAACAGAGGAACAUCCCGGCGUUCCGGUCCCAGGCGGGGUGGCCCGCGAGUCAUGGCCAAAGGAGAGGGCGCCGAGAGCGGCUCCGCGGCGGGGCUGCUGCCCACCGGCAUCCUCCAAGCCGGUGAACGUCCGUCCCAGGUGAAGAAGGAACCAAAGAAGAAACAACAGCUGUCCAUUUGCAACAAGCUUUGCUAUGCAGUUGGUGGGGCCCCUUACCAGGUGACUGGCUGUGCCCUGGGGUUCUUCCUGCAGAUCUACUUGUUGGAUGUGGCUCAGGUGGACCCUUUCUCUGCCUCCAUCAUCCUUUUUGUGGGCCGAGCUUGGGAUGCCUUCACAGACCCCCUGGUGGGCUUCUGCAUUAGCAAAUCCUCCUGGACCCGCCUGGGCUGCCUCAUGCCCUGGAUCAUCUUCUCCACGCCUCUGGCCGUCAUAGCCUACUUCCUCAUCUGGUUUGUGCCUGACUUCCCACAGGGCCAGGCCCUGUGGUACCUGCUGUUCUAUUGCCUUUUUGAGACACUGGUCACGUGUUUCCACGUUCCCUACUCAGCUCUCACCAUGUUCAUCAGCACAGAGCAGAGUGAGCGGGAUUCUGCCACUGCAUAUCGGAUGACUGUGGAAGUGUUGGGCACAGUGCUGGGCACAGCGAUCCAGGGGCAAAUUGUGGGACAAGCCGAUACACCUUGUCUCCAGGACCCCAACGGUUCUGCAGUGGCCUUGGAAGUUGCCAAUCACACACAUGGCACCACCUCACUUAGAGAAACGCAAAAUGCAUACCUGCUGGCAGCAGGGGUCAUUGCCUCCAUCUAUGUCAUCUGUGCUGUCAUCCUAACCCUGGGCGUGCGGGAGCAGAGAGAACCCUAUGAGACUCAGCAGGCUGAGCCAAUGCCCUUCUUUCGGGGCCUCCGGCUGGUCAUGAGCCAUGGCCCAUACAUCAAGCUUAUUGCAGGCUUCCUCUUCACCUCCCUGGCUUUCAUGCUGGUGGAGGGAAACUUCGCCUUGUUUUGCACCUAUACCUUGGGCUUCCGAAAUGAAUUCCAGAACCUGCUUCUGGCCAUCAUGCUCUCGGCCACAUUCACCAUUCCCAUCUGGCAGUGGUUCCUAACCCGGUUUGGCAAGAAGACGGCUGUAUACUUUGGGAUCUCAUCUGCAGUGCCAUUUCUCAUCUUGGUGGCUGUCAAGAAGAGUAACCUGAUCAUCACAUAUGUGGUAGCUGUGGCGGCUGGCAUCAGUGUGGCUGCUGCCUUCUUACUACCCUGGUCCAUGCUGCCCGACGUCAUUGAUGACUUCCAUUUGAAGCAGCCCCGCUCUCGUGGAACUGAGCCCAUCUUUUUCUCCUUUUAUGUCUUCUUCACCAAGUUCGCCUCUGGAGUCUCACUGGGCAUCUCCACCCUCAGUCUUGACUUUGCCGGGUACCAGACCCGUGGCUGCUCCCAGCCGGCACGUGUUAAGUUCACCCUGAAGAUGCUGGUGACCAUGGUUCCCAUAGUCCUCAUCCUGCUAGGCCUGCUGCUCUUCAAGCUGUACCCGAUUGAUGAGGAGAAGCGGCGGCAGAACAAGAAAGCCCUACAGGCUCUGAGGUGUCAGAUAUUCCUAUGAGUCCCACUCUGCAGAUGAAGAAACUGAGGCCUAACCAGCAAGAGUGACUGGCCCAGCUGAUCAGGGUUAGAGCUGGGGUGGAGCCCUGGCGUUCUCACUCCAGAGCCUGCAUUCUUCGCUGCUCUUGUGGCAUGCAGGAGCUCAGGUGUGGCCUGAACUCUGGCUUUCGGGAGACUAGAAGGCAGGGUGGGGUGAGUCAUGCCAGCCCAUCAGUCAGCCUAGGCCAGAGCAUAAUCCUGGGGCUUGUGGGCAGCAAAAAUAGUGAACAGGCCAACCACCAGUUUCUGGGCAGAGAGUGGGGGUGAGUAAAGUGUGGUUUAGAGUUAGUUGCCUAACACCAGGCUAAGACUGCAGAGCCCAGAUCCCCGUGAGGAAUGAGGCAGGUGGGGACAAGAGAGGGGUAAGGAUGCUUCUUCUAACCUGUCUCUGGCUCUUGCAGGGAAGAGGCCAGCAGCUCGGGCUGCUCUGACACAGACUCUACAGAGCUGGCCAGCAUCCUCUAGGGCCUGCUGUGGGCCUUGCUCAAAGCCACCAUGCACGGGACCUGGGUCAUCAGGCCACACAAGAAAUCCGGGCAUGCUUGCCUGCUCACUGAAUAGCUGGUCUCCAGGUACCAGGAAGAGAGCCAAAGACUCAGAGUAAGCAGCCCAGGACACCUCCUGUGCCCACUGUGGGGCAGGCCGUUCAUACAGCUGCCUGCCUCCCUUGCCUGCUGUGGGGCUGAGCCCUGGGGCUGCUACUGUGAAUAUGCCAAGGACUGAUUGAGCCUAGCUCGGAACACUAAUGUAGAAACAUUUUAUACAGAGACUAAUUAAUAACUUAAUGACCAUGUACAUAGCAAUGUGUGUGGGUGUGUGUAUGUCUGUGAGCUAUUCAUGUUAUUAAUUUUCAUAAAAGCUGGAAAAUGGG